CUAUAGAAUAUAUUUUACAGACGUCUCUCUACCAUUUGACACAGUACAAAAUGUCUCAAAACAUUGGGGGUGAAAGCUCUUCAACCAAUGAAGGAGGAGUUGGUAGCAGCAGGGAACAAGAUCGUUUGUUGCCUAUAGCUAACGUUGGUCGCAUAAUGAAAAAUAUUCUUCCACCAAAUGCUAAAAUAUCAAAAGAAGCAAAAGAAACAAUGCAAGAAUGUGUGUCUGAGUUCAUUGGAUUUGUGACGGGUGAAGCAUCGGACAAGUGUCGAAAAGAGCGUCGGAAGACGGUGAACGGCGACGACGUCUGUUGGGCUUUGAGAACAUUAGGGUUUGAUGAUUAUAACGGUGCGCUGAAGAGAUACUUGCAUAGAUAUAGAGAGAGUGAAGGUGAAAAAGUAAAUCAAGAAAGAGUUAGUGAUGAACAACAAGCAGGAGGAUCUCAACCAAGAAACUAUCUUGAUUAAUUAGGGUUUUUAAUUAUAAUUUUCUUCUUGAUUUUAUAAUUAUUUCUUUCCUAAUCUUUGCUAAUGGAAACAUAUACAAUAAACACAUCCAUGAUUUUCAAAGUCAAGUUUGAUUCUCUUUUUUUUCUUCUUUCUAACAAUUAAGUUUGAUUUCUCUAUAGGAUCAAUUAAAGUUGUACUUUUCUUUUGGGUGUAGAUCUUCACUUGAUAUUAUCUGAAUAUCAACACCUACUGUACUAUGAACUACAACAAAUGGUUUUCUAGCU